GUACCUGUGGCGAACACGGACAAUAUGAUGGCUAUUGACCAGAUGGAGACCGCAUACUACACCCUGAUCUCACGUGAGGUCAAGGGCGGCGUGUCGGCUGAGUACAGGCCAAGUACUGCGCAUCUCGCACUCGAUGGGAACGAGCAUCCGAGGCUGGUAACCCUUGGCGGUGAUCAUACAAUUGUUCGAGAUUUCGCCCUCUGGCAGAUGGUUCGGGGUCUAAAUGGGUCUGGUAGGUCCUACCCAUUCUUCGUGCCCUGAACAAGGUCUAUGGACCCGUCAGCGUGAUCCACUUUGACGCGCACUUGGACACUUGGCAGCCACAGCCAGGCAGCUCAGCACAGGGUCGGAUCACCCACGGAACGUUCUUCCACAUCGCUGGCGAGGAGGGCCUGAUUCGCAACACAAGCAUCCAUGCUGGGAUUCGGUGUGAGAUGCGUGGACCGGAGGACGUCCAAAACGAUGAGGCGGUCGGAUUUCAGAUUGUGUCCACUGAGGACAUCGACGACUGGGGCAUCAACAUGGUUAUCAAGAAGAUCCGCCAGCGAGUUGGAUCUAGUCCAGUAUAUCUCAGCCUCGACAUUGACGUUGUUGACCCUGGCCAGGCCCCCGCGACUGGGACUCCAGUGACAGGUGGCUGGACAACUCGUGAGGUGAAGCGCAUUCUGCGAGGGCUUUCGGGGCUCAACUUCGUCGGUGCUGACGUCGUCGAGGUGGCUCCGGCAUAUGACAAUGCGGAUAUCACGGGUAUUGCUGCCGCGGAUAUUGUUUACGAUUUCCUGGAGAUGAUGCAGAUGGAAAGUCCUCCCCAACCUCACAAGGGACCCUUCUUCAAGUCCGAGCUGAGACGCUAGAAGCAGUAGAGACUGCGUAGAGAUAAUGGUAUUGUCAAGCCACAUCCGGAGCAAGCGGAAUGCAAUGUACAUUCAUUUAUUCGGUUUCCGUUGUCGAUACAGGAUUUGGCGAGGGUGGCAAGAUACAGCAAAGCAUAUACAGAACUAAACGAUGAGCGAGUGGAUGAUAAUGAACAAUCAAACAAGCCAGUAACUGGGCAGAACAUUUGCGACAUCUUCAACAUACCAGUAGCGCAGCCUCAGCCUCUCCUUUUGGGCUUUGGUCAGCUUCUUUUUCUUGGUGGGAUCUUCCUCUUCGAAGUCUCCCUGGCGGGCCAUUUGAACCCAAAUUCCUCCAACACCCAUCCCGACACGCAAAAGCGCAGCAGACUCUGCAGUCACAAGGAUCGUGAUGUCCCCAUCGAAUGAGUGCUUCAGUCUGAGCGGUUCCUGUGAGCAGCGCAGAGUCUCCGGCUCCGCCAACACAUCCGAGCUUUCUUCGCCAUCCCAAUUCGGCCACGGCUCCAGCACGACCCGCCACAGGCGCCCCUCCAAAGCGCGUUCGACGUCGUCCGGGACUGGCCCAGGGCCGUCCAGCGGUGCGCUAGGCGGCGGCACGUUCUGUACGGGCUCGAGGAUCUGGCGAACCCGGCGCAUCGAGCGCUCAACCAUACCCGCCGUGUGUGUAGAAGCUAUUCCGACACCGGCCGCUCC